AUGAGGCUCAAACGGUUUCUGCUGCGGUACUACCCGCCAGGAAUCAUUUUGGAAUACGAAAAAGGAGGGGAGACAAAGAACAAAUCCAUUGAUCUGCUUGACUUGACUCCGGUUGCAGAUGUAGAUGCUGUGGUUGAGGAAAUCCAGAAGAUUGAACCACUUAUAACUGCAUCUCGCACAGAGCAGGUGAAACAGUUGGUCCAGAGGCUUCAGGAAAAACUUGGUCAGCAUGAUGAUCACAAAUUCUACCUGUUUAAGGUACUUCGGGCACAUAUACUACCACUGACAAACGUUGCAUUCAACAAAUCUGGAUCAAACUUUAUUACAGGAAGCUAUGACAGGACUUGCAAAGUGUGGGAUACUGCAUCAGGAGAAGAGCUGCAUACACUUGAGGGACACAGGAAUGUGGUCUACGCUAUUGCUUUCAACAAUCCUUAUGGAGACAAGAUUGCAACUGGUUCAUUCGAUAAAACCUGCAAAUUAUGGAGCUCUGAAACAGGCAAAUGUUACCAUACAUUUCGUGGACAUACAGCAGAAAUUGUGUGUUUAUCAUUUAAUCCCCAAAGUACUCUAGUAGCAACAGGCAGUAUGGAUACGACAGCAAAGCUCUGGAACAUCCAAUCUGGAGAAGAGUCUGUAACACUAACAGGGCAUUCAGCUGAAAUCAUCUCUUUGUCAUUUAAUACAACAGGGGAUAAGAUUAUCACAGGUUCCUUUGACCAUACUGUUUCUGUGUGGGAUGUGGGAUCUGGCAGGAGAAUGCACACACUGAUUGGACAUCGAGGAGAGAUCAGCAGUGCACAGUUUAAUUGGGAUUGUACACUCAUUGCUACUGGAUCAAUGGACAAAACCUGCACACUUUGGGAUGCUGUCAGUGGAAAAUGUGUGGCAACAUUGUCUGGACAUGAAGAUGAAGUACUGGAUGUUUGCUUUGAUUACACAGGGCAGCUUAUAGCGACUGCAUCAGCCGAUGGUACUGCGAGAGUUUAUAGUGCAGCAAGUCGCAAAUGUAUGGCGAAGCUAGAAGGUCAUGAAGGGGAAAUCUCCAAGAUUUGUUUCAAUCCUCAGGGCAGUCGCAUUCUUACUGGCAGUUCUGAUAAGACAUCCAGGCUCUGGGAUCCUCGCACAGGCCAGUGCCUUCAGGUGUUAGAAGGUCAUACUGAUGAAAUUUUUUCAUGUGCUUUUAACUAUGAAGGGAAUGCCAUCAUCACAGGAAGCAAGGAUAACACUUGCAGAAUAUGGCGGUGA